UCCAGCUCUUUCUCCACACAGCAGAUACAGAGAGAGGGAAGAAGGGGGAAACGUGAGUUUCUCCUAUCUCACUAGGGCUCAAACUAACGGGAUCUUCUUAUAUCCUCUUCAAACGCGCACAGAUUCAAGAACCAGACCAACUGCAAGCGCGUAUCACACAAGGAAUAAGAGAGCCAGCACGAGCUGAGAUUUUGUCUUACUUUUCAUAUUUUCCAUAGCUGUUUGACGGAGGUUCAGUGACCUGUGCGGAGAUUCUUCAGUUUAUUAUACAACAAUAUUUAAUUGGGAAAGCGAAAUAUUUUAGGGUCUUUCGUAGUGUUUUAGAUCUGGUUUCCAGUAGUUUGCCCUUAUGUUUGGGUCAGAUUCAAAUUAGUUGCUAAUUUGGCACCGGUUUGAUCGCGGUGUCACAGCGGCUCUGGAUUGAUCACGUUCAGACUGUCAAUUCAUUCCCCGCUGCAACAUCUGCAAACAGUGAGGGCAUCUCGUCUUGGACACGUCUGUGUGUUUCAGCACAGGAGAGACUGAGGAAGGCGGAUGAUGAUGUUAAGGAUCGCAGAUGCUUUGGUCACUUUGGUGACUCUCCAUUGUUUGGUCAAAGGAACUGUCGGCGGAUACGGCAUGAGCAUGUUCGCCGCACAGACUUCCCCACCGGAUCCGUGUUACGACGAGAACGGUCAGCCCAGAAGAUGUAUCCCUGAUUUUGUGAACGCGGCGUUCGGGAAGGAAGUGCGUGUGUCCAGCACCUGUGGCAAUACGCCGAGUCGGUACUGCGUGGUGACUGAGAAAGGGGUUGAAAGGCUCAGAAACUGCCACACGUGCGAAGCAUCGGACCCUAAGAAGUAUCACCCACCUGCAUACCUAACCGACCUAAAUAAUCCUCAUAAUCUCACCUGCUGGCAGUCGGAAAAUUACAUUCAGUAUCCUCAAAACGUCACUUUAACUUUAUCCCUGAGCAAGAAAUUCGAGGUGACCUACGUGAGUUUGCAGUUCUGCUCACCUCGACCAGAGUCUAUGGCUAUCUUGAAAUCAAUGGACUACGGCAAGUCCUGGGUGCCUUUCCAGUACUACUCGACCCAAUGUCGAAAGAUGUACAACAAACCCAGCAAAGCCACCAUCACGAAGCAAAACGAACAAGAUGCCAUCUGCACGGAUUCUCACACCGACAUGCACCCUCUUUCCGGCGGGUUGAUCGCGUUCAGCACCCUGGACGGUCGACCCUCCGCGCACGACUUCGAUAAUUCACCCGUACUUCAGGACUGGGUGACUGCCACUGACAUUAAGGUGACUUUCAGCCGACUGCACACUUUCGGAGAUGAAAACGAGGAUGACUCGGAGCUGGCCAGAGAUUCCUAUUUUUACGCAGUGUCAGACCUGCAGGUCGGCGGCAGAUGCAAGUGUAAUGGACACGCGUCACGGUGCGUGACAGACCGGGAUGGAAACCUCGUGUGCGAGUGCAAGCACAAUACAGCCGGUCCAGAGUGUGACAGAUGUAAACCGUUUCACUAUGACCGACCCUGGCAGCGUGCAACCGCCAGAGAAGCCAACGAAUGUGUCGCCUGCAAUUGUAAUCUUCAUGCGAGGCGUUGCCGUUUCAACAUGGAGCUUUACAAACUCUCUGGGAGGAAAAGUGGGGGAGUCUGCCUGAACUGCCGCCACAAUACAGCAGGUCGCCACUGCCACUACUGCAAGGAGGGCUACUACAGGGACAUGUCUAAGCCCAUCUCUCACAGAAAGGCCUGCAAAGCCUGUGAUUGCCAUCCUGUGGGGGCCGCGGGCAAAACCUGUAACCAAACCACAGGCCAAUGCCCCUGUAAAGACGGUGUGACGGGUAUCACGUGCAACCGUUGUGCUAAAGGCUACCAGCAGAGCCGAUCACCCAUUGCCCCCUGCAUAAAAAUUCCCAUUGCUCCACCAACCACUACUGCAAGCAGCACAGAGGAGCCCGCAGAUUGCGACUCUUACUGCAAGGCCUCCAAAGGCAAGCUGAAGAUCAAUAUGAAGAAGUAUUGCAAGAAAGAUUACGCUGUCCAGGUCCACAUCCUGAGAGCAGACAAAGCCGAUGAAUGGUGGAAGUUCACCGUCAACAUCAUCUCUGUCUACAAACAGGGUGAGAGCCGAAUCCGCAGAGGAGACCAGAUUCUGUGGGUCAGAGCCAAGGACGUGGCCUGCAAGUGCCCGAAGAUCAAACCCGGUAAGAAGUACCUUCUGCUGGGCAACGAUGAGGAUUCUCCUGGACAGAGUGGCGUGGUGGCAGACAAGGGCAGUCUGGUUAUUCAGUGGAGGGACACUUGGGCUCGAAGACUCCGGAAGUUUCAGCAGCGGGAGAAGAAAGGAAAAUGCAAGAAAGCAUAGUGAAGGGAAGAGAGAAGAGGUUGCCAUCCAGAGCUGGACAGAGAAACAACAGACAAGUGGUGGAUGAUAAGGGAAAAAAAAGGAGGAGAAAAAAAAAAGAGGGACUGAACAUCGCUGCUUUGAAAAAAAGGCAUGAAGAGAAUAUCAGUGUGUUUUUUUUAUUUUUAUUUUAUAAAUACAGUAUGAACACGUGUGAAGGAGCUCACAAUGCAGUUUUCAUUUAUUUGUUUCCUUCGAGAUUUGUUUUUUGUUUGCCAGUUUUGCACCUGUGUCUAGUAAAAAAAAAAGGUAAUUUAACGGCUUCAUAUUUCAGAUGUAUUUGGCAUGUUUUCAGUCUGGAUGAGAAUCGAUCAAGCCAUAUUUCCGAAUCAGAAAAUGAAAAUAAAAAAAUAAUAACACAGCGAAAAAGCAAUAGUCCUUAAAGGAAGUUUGAUGUAAGUUAAGCUCAAUCAACAGCAUAUGUGGCCUAAUGUUGAUCACAAUCCAGGUUACAGUGUGGCACUUACAAUGGAAGUGAAUGGGGCCAGACCGUAAAGGUUAAAAUACUCAGUGUAUCAAAAGUAUAGCCACAGUACAUAAAAAUAUGCAUGGUAAUAGGAUUUGAUUAAAAUAAAAUCACUUACUAACCUUUUCUGUGUAAAGUUAUAGUUAAUUUUACAACUUUGUUGCCAUAACAACAUAAUGCUGUAAACCCUAAAAUGGACUAUUUAAAAAACGUACAGCAGAACAAUUAAUGUAUUUUAUAAUUUUAUAAAAUUAUAAGCAUCACGAUUCUAAUUCCAUUGUAAGGGCUUCUCAAUUUUUGCUUUUUUUAAAGGAGGGAUGUGCCAAAUUUUAUUCUUGUGGUUCUCAACAUUAUUCCACAAAUGCUGUCGAUAACUUGUAUUGAACCGGGAAUAUUCCUUUAAGUCUUUUUAUUGCAAGAAUAAAACAAUUGGUGAGAUUAGGUGUUUAAGAAUUCAGAAACGCUAUUUCAUGCAUAAUGCACUAUUAAGCAUCUAAGAUGCCAACAUUUCAGUAAUUUGAUAUCUCAGCAUUUAAGACUGCAGUUAUAAAAUUAAUACUUCUUUAACAAAUUUAAGAGGUCCCUUUUAAAUACCAUUUCAAGAUCUGAGCAUUUUAAAAAGCAUUACUUUGUAACAAAAUCACAAAAUACAUAAUUAGCACAGUUGUGUGCUUGUAUUAAUGUAUAUUAUUAUUAUUAUAUUAUAAUGAAUAUACUUAGCAUUAGUAUGAGAUGACAAAAUAACAAAAGUAGAAAAGCUCUUGCAUAUGUAUAUUUCAUGUAACACUACUAACCUUUGAAGACUGGUGCUGCUGUUUCAAACAUCACAGCGAAUUAAUAGUUUCAUCAGUAAAAUGAACAUUCUGGGGUUUUCCCAGAUUACUGCAGACUCCGAGUCUGACACGGCACGACAAUAGCAAAUCUUCAAGGUUUCUGUUCAAUUUACAUGUUUCUGAUGGCCUUUUCUUUUUUUAGGUGUCCCAUAUUUUCUCUACUUCAAGAUGUAUUUCCUAAACAUCCAAUAAUUGCUGAAAGUAGCUCUGUACAUUUUAUAGAAGUGCCCAUUGACUGCUGUCUUCAACAGACAGGUCUCCACUAACAUAGGCUACAUUUGAGAUUGUUCAUGCAGAUGUAUCAGUCAAGUUCAAUUAAAGAUUUUUUUAUUUUUUUGUUGUUGUUGUUGUUGUAAUGUCUGUUAAGCCAUGUGUGAAGAGGCUACGACAUGACACAUUUCUUUACAAUAAGAAAACAUAUGUUCUCCUGAAAUGUGUUUAAAACUGAUUUAGGAUCUAUGAAAAUGUAAUAGCAUGCUUGUACAAAAUUGUGGGCAAACCCAAAAUUAUUAGCAUGCCUUCACAAUUAUUUUUUAACUUUGAAUAAAUCCACCAUGUAUAUUUUUGUAUAAGACAUGACUGAGGUAGAUGACUCUAAAUACAAACAGAAUUUCUAGUUCCAUCUGAUGCUCUGAUUCAAUUGUUUAUGGUCCAGACGUGGAUGACGACGUCGUUUGGUUAAAACAGAACUCCAGUGAUGCGAGUCCAAUGUAUAAACAGGCCUUUUUGUUACAAAAGUCCUGAGAGUUUGUAGAUUGAUGUGUAUAGUUAGCAUUUUCUUUGUGUGUAAAACAGUAUUUAGAAGUGUAUGACAUUAGUUUUGUAAAUCAACAACAUUCCUCUAACAUUACCCAUGUCUAUUUAGGGUCUGUGAAUGUAGGUAUGCAUGUAAUGUUUCACUACAAUAGAGUAUUCUCUUCACUGUGAGAAAUGCUGCUCAGACUCACACACACGUUCCUUAUUCUGUUGCUGAAAAGACACAGAUCUCUAAAGUAACAGCUACAGUGUUGAUCGCUUGUCCACUGAUCCUUGUGUGAUCCAUCCUUCACAGAUCAAUAAGACAACACAUGCAAGAACUGAUAGUAAUUUCACUAUAAAUUAUAUAUAUCAAAUAAUAAUAAAAAAUAAAAUCAUGCUCCUGUAACUUUUUAUUUUUUGGUAAAUGUACACAAAAUGUAUGGCGUACAGAUAUUUAUACAUACGCUGCAUUUACCGGUUACAAAACAAUAUUUGUAAAACCACAUGUAUAUGCAUUUUGUUUGCCACUCAAUAUGUUCUUAGUGCACAUUCAUUUUUCAUUCUAUAAAGUAUUCUAAUGAUGUAAAUUUAUGUUGUUUUUAUUUUUGGCAGCAGUGGAAAGAUGGCUCCUGUGUUUGACAUUACCAGCAGACAUUACAUGCAUUGCUUCUUGUUCAUAUUAUAUAUUGUAAAUUUAGCUGUGGCAAAUACAAUACGUCUGCAAUAUUGUUUUACAACGCAUACUAAUAUAUUAUGGUUAUUAUGUAAGAAAAUAUUUAAUGACACAAAACAUUUUGGAUUUUUUUAUGUCAUGUCUUUUUACCUUUUUUACAGUUUGUGGUUGUUUAGAUGGUUGUGAUUUAAAUCCAGAGAGGAAGAGAACUACUGAACACCAAUCUGGUAGAACCACAUUCAGCAUUCAUUUGGAAUAAAACCUCAAAAACCACAA